AGACAGACAGACAGACAGACUUUUUUUCAUUGAUAGCCACGGAUUAGUAAUCAUCGGGGAGAUAAUUAUUAUAUUUCUUUGUUAAUCAAAAUCAAGAACUCCUCCGUUGAGAAUUGAUAAACAUAUCAGUCAAUAGCAUGUAUUCUAAAUUAACUCUUUAUAGAUUUAAUAACACUUAAAACAAUUUGAUGUAUCACUUGAAAUGAUCUUAUUUUCAGUUUGAACCCAAACUACCACCUCGAUCGAGGAACCGGAAGCAUUUUUUUUCUUUUGGAUCAUGUUUUUUUUUCUCUCUCUCUCUCUUAUUUUCUCAGUGUCUUUAACUGUGCACAUUUUAUGUAUCUAUUGUCCAGGUUUGGUUCCAGAACAGACGCGCUAAGUGGAAGAAAAGAAAGAAGACCACCAACGUGUUCCGCGCCCCAGGGACGCUGCUCCCGACGCCUGGCCUGCCGCAGUUCUCCGCAGCGGCCGCCAUGGAGAACAGCCUGUGCUCGUUUCACGCCAACGACUCGCGCUGGGCCACCGGGAUGCCCGGGGUCUCCCAGUUGCAGCUCCCGCCGGCGCUGGGUCGUCAGCCGGGCAUGCCGCAGUCCCUCUCGCAGUGCAGCCUGGGUCCCGGUCCGCCGCCAAACUCAAUGGGCCUCUCUAACGGCCUGUCAUCCAACGGCUCCGGCCUGCAGUCCCACCUCUACCAGACGCCUUUCCCGGGAAUGUCGGCGUCCCUCUCUGGCCCCACGAACGUAUCGGGCUCCCCGCAGCUGUGUAGCUCCCCGGACAGUGAUAUGUGGAGAGGGACAAGCAUCGCGUCACUUAGGCGCAAAGCGCUGGAGCACACAGUGUCAAUGAGUUUCACUUAGUGACUUUUCAGCUCACAUCAUCCUGCUCCUCCCGGCUUCUUGUCCCAGAUCCGCCCUGCGCCUUUCUUCUGUUUUUACUUCUGCUACUUAGAAAUGAGAGAACAGGAUGGAGACGAACGAGACAAAUGGACAAGAUCGGGGGAAAAAAUGAGUUUGGAGUUCUUUAUCUUGUUAUUUCAAAGGGACUUUAUCAACACUUAACGAUAAAUGCUAUUGUAUGAUCACUAGAAUAUAGGUCUUAAGUAAUGAGAGCCAAACAAUCCUUGUAUUUACGUUUUCACUGAGUGUGUCUCUACGCGCACUUUAAUGUAUCCAGGUGAUGUUGUGUUUUGUCAAACAGGUAUUAUAAAUCAGUCGGACCCCACUUCCACGGAGAGCCUUUUGAGCUGCGUCUCAGGCGUCCUCUGCGUGAGGGAAUUUGGCCUUUUGAUGAAGGGAGAAACGCCCCCCCCCCCACACACACACACACACACCGACACCAGUGUCGGGAUCAAAUCAAAUUAGCAAAACAUAACGGUGUGAACAAAACGAUGACCUCUCAGCUGGCCUAUACUCUGUUUUAGGAUGUUUUGUGUAGAUAAAACAUUCUUGCUGUACACGCUGGUCUUUUUGUGACAUGUUUUAACUUAUUGUAUGUGCUAUUAUUACUUGACACAUUUCUUAAAUGUUUGAUCUUACAUCGGAUUGCACCAUAUCGACGGGUUUGUACCAGUUUAAAAAUGAACAAAACGAAUAAAAGUACUUUUCAAGAAUGUCGAAA